AUGAAUUCUCAGAAGAGAGAAAGAACUAAGCUCAAAGGUGAAUACAAGGAAAUGCCGACCUGGUCCUUGAUCGAGCUGGAGCUCGUCUUUACGUCGACCGGAAUAGCUCGGAUGGCAGUUAACUGGCUUACGAGGGAGUCGCUUGGUGGGCUCGAGGUCUUCUUGCUGGGCUUGAGUGGGCCUGGACUUCAAUCUUGGAUCAAGGUAAUGGGCCCUUACGGGCUAGAUUCCAGAGCCAUCUUGAAAGAGAACUCACCAGAAGAACCUAGAGGGCGGAAAGAAACAGAUCUGAGGCGUUUCGGUGUAGAAGAGAUCCGACCAAGCAAACCAGCACCGAUUGAUCUGAAACUCGAUCUAGAUCUGACGGCAGUGGACUUCAAGGGGGAUUUUCCGUCGACUCGGAACGAACCAGGAGACAAUUUUCAUCUCGUUGGAAAGCUCUCUGGAUCAGCUUUCUAUAACCGUCAAGAUCGUUCCAAUCCGACGUCUGAAAGUUAUCGCAGGUUUUCUCUUUUGGCCAAAAACCCUAGUUUUCCAUUCAACAUUGUUAAAAAAAAAACCCUAGUUUUACUGAAAGCCUAA